GGAGGAGGAGGAGGAAUACGAGGAAGAAGAUAACGCUGAAACCGAAGAAGCUUCCUCGUUGCCAUCCAGUCCUGCAGCUGCUUCGAAAGUUGUUUUAACAUCAACCAGUACCGUACCGUAUUAUCAAUUUCUUUCGGUUAAUGGUUGCACAGCAAUAAGACAAGAUAAUAAUAAAACAACUAGCAACGUUAGUUCGGCUAAAGUUACAAGUGAUGUAAUGGAAGGUGUUGUUUCUUGUUCUACUACUACUACUACAACAACAACAACAACAACAACAACAACUAGAUCAUCAUCAAGUUGUGAAUCAGGGAAUAGCGAUAAUAAUAUUCCUCGUGAUGAUCCGUACGAUGAUAAUUCAUUGACCCCGUGUUAUUCCGUAUUAGACGAUAAUAAUUCAAUGGAAGUUGAAUCUAUGAUUAAUUCCUGCCCGGUUACUUUAAGUUUAACACCACCCAAAGUACUACCUGCCGCUCCACGUUCUUGUAAUAUUUUAGAAAGACUUUUAGAAGACAUUUAUACCAUCGGUAGACCAGAACCAUUAGCCGGUUAUGGUCCUAGAUUUAAACUAUUGGAAGAAGGAGAUGUACAAGUUUAUUAUUUCGAUCACGACGAUAGGACACUCGUCAGGAAAAUAAUGUUUAUUAAAUUUUUACGCAGAUGGGAGACACAUCAUAUUUAUUUAAACGACGACUGCUUGUCAUCUAAAACGGCCACUGGUUUCUUACAACAACCAAUACCGUAUAACAGUUUCUACGUUGAGAAAUAUGCCGUUGGUAGAUUGGGUACAACGUAUAAAAGUUGUUUAAGAUUAUAUCUACGCAAUGGUUCAUUAUUAUUACAAGCGAAUGAUUCAUAUACCAGGGACCAGUGGUAUCAUUCCAUUAAUUGGAAGAAAAGUCUUCACCAAUUUAAAUGCAAAUCAUCUGUCAGUACAGAAAACAUAGCAGUACGGGAAUUACGUUUAAUGGUUGAGUUUGCAUUGUCGACACCACUUCAAGACGAAAGAGUAGCAGCUGCAGCUAUGGAAGCCGUAGCUAAAUUAUUGGAAUCACCUUGGGGUUCUAGAUCAUUGAUAGAACAGCAAGAGGAGGAGGAGGAGGAAGAAAAAAAAAAAGUUGAAGUAACUAAAGAAGAGGAAGGUAGUUGGGCUUUGUUCAUAUUACCAGUUGCUGCACCACUCUUAGAAAGGGCUGCUCCACCCGCUGCAUUAGCUCGUGUAUUAACUAGAUUAGUUCGACAACAUCCUAAAUUUAGUUUAGUCAAGUAUUUAGCUCCGGCUGUCACAAGGUGCCUCAAACAUACCGUUGAUUUUGGCAAGUCUCCGGAUAUGAGAAAACUCUUGCAAGUAUUUGUCGCAGCACUUUAUGAAAGUAAUGAGGGUAACGAAGGUGAAAGAGCUAUCAGAGAAUAUAUUGCUUCGGUUCAUGGUCCUGGAAGUGAUUGUCCUCAUCCAAGAGUAUUACCCAAUUUGGUUUCGGUCUGUGUCGCUGCUAUAUUUCAUAGAUUCGAAGAUAGCAAUGUAAGCGAGAAUAAUAAACCGUUACCACCACUCGAUUGUUAUCUUUUAGUUUUAAACGUAGCCUCAGAGUAUGCCGAUUGGAGACCUGGUUUAGCCGGUUUGUUACAACCUGUACCAUUUCCCGAAGAAGCUCUCACCGUUAAAGAAGUACAGAAGUCAAUUCUUAGCCGUGCAAUACGACGUUUGGCUAAAGAUUCCAGAUGUACGGUUCAUCAAGUUCUACUUCCGGUUAGAGAACCACGACCUGGUUGGCUUCACAUAGCUGCACCAUCUAGUCCAGCUUGUCCCGAUCGUGGUGAACUUUUUGGUGAAAUGCUAACUACACUCCUGGCAUGUUGUUGUCGAAGAAAAAGAUUUGUCGGUUCGUUGAUGAAACAAGCCAAAGACGAUUGUAUUCUUCUUGCUGUCAGAGGAUGCGGUGCUGCUCAAGAAGCACUUUGCCUUAUGCUCGAGUGGCGUCUACUGCCAAACGAAGAAGCUAGGCUUCAGAUAGUCAAUGCCCUCGAAUCUACUUCCUCUGGUAAAACUCGUUAUGCUGCGCUCUGUCAAAGACAAAGGAAUUUACAAGAAUUGCAACAAAAAGGUGGUCCAAAAAAAUUAACGCUUCCAGUAAGAGCAACAGAUGCUGACGUUGCUCUCCUUCUUGGUGGACGUGCAUUAGGUAAUUUAGAAUGUCUCAGUUUAGCGUUUACAUCGGUUACAUCUGCCUGUGCCGAACAGUUGAUCAAACUACCAGCAUUGAGGUAUUUGAACCUCUGGGCUACUCAAUUUGGAGAUGCCGGAUUGCAAAUGAUCAGCGAACACUUGCAAAAAUUGCAGGUAUUAAAUCUAUGCGAAACACCGGUCUCCGACAAAGGCAUCUCUACUUUAGCUUCUCUGACCAAUUUGAGAAAACUUAAUUUAAACAGCACCAAAUUAUCAGCUCAGACUUUUGAAUCGUUGAAGAAAAGAUUACCGGCUUUGCAAGAAUUUGAUGUUCGUUAUACGGAAGCAUGGUGACCAGAACCAAUAUCGG